AAUCGCUCUUCUGCACUCAAAGAUAAACCACUUGAUAAAAGUCAGAUAUAAAUUAAGCAGCCCACAACAAAAUGUGUUAGUAUUUGCACCAGGUUGGAGCUAGUUCAAGGUUGUUAAAACACAUUAAUUGUGUAUGCUCUCCUUGUUUAUUUGCUUUAGAAAAAUCAACGAAAUGUUGUUGGUAUUGUUAGCCCUUGCUACUGCUAUUUUUUGCUACUGGAAAAUAAUAUAUCUCCAUAGCUAUUGGAGAAGAAGAGGUGUGACACAAAGCAAGCCCGUUUUUUUAUUUGGGGACAUCUGGCCUAUGGUUGUUCGUAGAUAUUCAGCACCUGAAUUGGUUGACCAGUUUUAUAAAAUUGAUCAAAAUGCGAGGUACUGUGGUGUUUAUCAAUUUCUCUUACCGGGUCUUGUAGUAAGAGACCCUGAGCUGAUCAAACAAAUAACAGUUAAAGAUUUUGAUCAUUUUGUUGACCGUCGAGUGUUUGUUAAAGAAGACGUUGAUCCUGUUUUUGGUAAAAGUUUGUUGUCACUUGAUGGUGAGAAGUGGCGCAAUAUGAGAUCUGCUCUCAGUCCUGUGUUCACCAGCAGCAAAAUGAAAUACAUGUUUCCUUCAAUUUCAACGUGUGGAGAAGAAUUUGCCCAUUAUUUCUUAAAACAAAACAAAGACUUGCUUGAAUUAGAGAUGAAAGAAUCCAUCACGAAAUUUACUAAUGAUGUUAUCGCAAAUACAGUUUUCGGAUUCACUUGCAACUCCUUGGAAAACCCAAACAAUGAAUUCUAUAAAAUGGGAGACGAAGUCGGUAAUAUGACUUCAAUGAGAACAAGAAUUGUUUUUCUUAUGAACACUUUAGCACCAAAAAUACUUUCUUUUUUCAAAAUAAGUCUUUUUUCGCCACGAGUUUACACAUUUUUUCGACAAGUGAUCGCUGAGAAUAUAUCAAGUCGGAAAAAGCAUGGAAUCACAAGACCAGACAUGAUUGACUUGUUAGUCAAAGCAAAAAAUAAUAGUUUGAAAAAUGAAGAAUCAGACGAUUUGCCUGAAGCCGGAUUCGCGACAGUUACAGUCACCGAAAAUGGAAAGAAAAAUAAGAAAUAUCAAAUAACAGAUGAAGAUAUUACAGCCCAAGCCCUUCUUUUCUUCUUUGCCGGUUUCGACAGUGUGGCGGGAGUAAUAAGUUACAUGUGUUACGAAUUGGCAGUUGCCCAAGACGUCCAAGCAAAACUUCGAAAAGAAGUUGAUGAAACUCGGGAAAGGUGUGAUGGAAAAAUUAGUUAUGAGGAAUUAAUGAAGAUGAAAUAUAUGCAUAUGGCUGUCUCAGAAACUUUGCGAAAGUGGCCAACCGCGAUAGCAUCCGAUCGUGUCUGUGUCAAGCCCUACACCAUUCAACCUAAACUUCCAAAUGAAAAACCCUUACAUUUAAAAGUGGGUGAUACUGUUAACAUACCAAUUUAUGCAAUUCAGAGAGACCCCCAGUAUUUCCCAGAACCAGACCGGUUUAUUCCAGAACGUUUCAGCGAAGAAAAUAAAUCGAAAAUUAUUCAAUAUACGUAUAUGCCAUUUGGGACAGGUCCAAGGAGUUGUAUUGGUUACAGAUUUGCUCUCUUAGAAAUGAAAAUUCUAAUGUUUCAUUUGAUCUCAAAUUUUGAAAUAGUUCCGGUUGAAAAAACACAAAUACCGAUUAGAUUUAACCGAAAAGCUGUAAAUAUGAGUGCUGAAAAAGGAUUUUGGGUGGGACUCAAGCGACGUGUGAAUGCCUAGUCUAGAUACGCAGAACUUAAUUUUUCGUAUUUAUGAAUAAGUACUUAUUUUUGUAAAUAAAUAUGAUUUGUAAUACUAUGUUACAAAAUAAUUUAAUAAAAAAUAUA